UUCAGAAUUGAUACAAUUAGACAGUUCGUUCGCGAACUGGUAAACACCUGUCAGGACACUGGAAUGAAUAUUCCAAACCGAACCCCACCUAUAGGUUACGCCAAUGUGCAAAGCACGACGGAGGCUGACCUGAAGAAAGCCUGGCUCGACGCUGGUAACGCGGCAAAAUCACAGCCUCAAUUAAUUUUAUGUGUUCUUCCCAACACUGGAAGAGAUCUCUACGCUGAAAUAAAACGUAUCAGUGACACCGUCAUAGGUGUCGCGACGCAAUGCGUUCAAGGCAAACACACGUUUAAGCCCAAUAAACAAUAUCUCGCCAAUGUGUGCCUAAAAAUUAACGUAAAACUUGGGGGGAUGAAUUCAUAUUUGACGGAUCUGCCUUUUGUCGUCGAUCGGCCAACAAUUAUAAUGGGUGCCGACAUAACUCACCCACCGGCUGGGGAUAAAGUACGACCUUCGAUCGCAGCCCUCUGUGCAUCAAUGGAUUACAGGGCUUCACGGUAUGCCGCUUCAAUUAGAAUACAGGCAAGCCGAACGGAGUCCAUAGUCGAUCUCGCACACAUGGUUAAGGAUUUGUUAAAAACUUUUUACCAAACAUGCGGGCACAAACCCGAAAGGAUAUUAUUCUACCGAGAUGGUAUCUCGGAAGGACAAUUUUCAAAAGUCCUUGAAGACGAAAUGAGAUACAUAAUAGCCGCCUGUCGAGCGCUCGACGUAAAUUAUAGGCCGACGAUCACAUUCGUUGUCGUGCAAAAACGACAUCACACCCGUUUCUUUCCGAUAAAUCGGCAGGAUGCCGAUAGGACAGGCAAUUGUUAUCCGGGAACGGUCGUGGAAUCGGAUUUACAAAGCCAGGCGGGGCUUCAGGGAACCUCCCGGCCGGCGCAUUAUCACGUGUUACAUGACGAAAAUGAUUUUACCCCCGAUAUGCUGCAAACUUUGAGCUAUAAUUUAUGUUACCUAUACGCCAGAUGUACACGAUCAGUAUCACUGGUUCCCCCCGUGUACUAUGCCCACAUAGUAUGCAGCCGUGCGCGAUUUCACGCGAAAGGUGAACAUUGGAGUGAUACCGAGUCAUCCGAGGGUGUCGGAGAAAGUGCCUAUGCCCCGGUCAAACAAGAAUUACAAAAU